AGCCAUUUUGGCUCAAGUCGUUUUGGCGCAAGGCGCAAGGCCGCUUCGCGUCGAGACCGCAUCAGCGGACGUGUCCCCUGCCCUGAAUCCCGCCACUGCCUCAGGCGCCUCCUGUCCGCAGCAAGUCGCGUCGCGCGACCAUGCCGGAACUCGUGGCGAUCGUGAAAGCCCCCAAGGAGGCAUUCCAGGGCAUGAUUGACAAAGGCGUGUCGAUGGGCGGCGACGCGUCCAUCAAGAUCUUUCACCAGUCCUUCUACGCGGGCUGCUACAUUGGCUUCGGCGGCAUGCUGUCGAUGGUGGUGGCUGGCGGUCUGGACAAGGCAGCAGAGGACAACCCGGCCAUCCAGACCUUUGUCUUCGCUGCGCUCUUCCCCGUGAACCUGCUGCUCAUUUUGCUCACAGGCGGGGUGCUGAUCACAGGUACGGCUGCGACCGUGCCUGCGGCCGUGUGUGAAGGCAAGCUGCACUGGAAGCAGAUCCCUAGGACGUUUGCGCUGGCUUGGAUCGGCAAUCUGCUUGGCGCCGUGCUCUUCGCCUUCUUCGUCGAGGCCUGCAAACUGAACGUGGGCUUGACUGCCAAGCUCGCGAUGAAGGUGGCGGAAAAGAAGAUCAAGGAGAAUUUCUUCAUCACCUUCCUGAAGGGAAUCGGCUGCAACUGGCUGGUGUGUAUGGCUGUGUUCCUGCAGGGUCAAGCUCAGGACAUGACUGGCAAGAUGGUUGGCAUCUGGUUCCCCAUCUCCUGCUUCGUGGCCAUCGGCUUCGAGCAUAUUCCGGCCAACAUGUUCAUGAUUCCCUUGGGGAUGAUAGCCGGCGCCGACGUGUCCGUGUGGGACUGCUUCUGGAGGAACUUCGUCCCAGUGACUCUCGGGAACAUCUUCGCAGGGUCAAUCUUCGUGGGCGUGGGCUACUCCUUCGCCCUCGGCAGGCUGGGCAGCUUUCCUAUGUUCAACAUGCCCGCGAGGGAGCUGGCUGCGCCGAAGGAGCAGAAGGCUGGCGGCGACAGCAGCGUGCCUUCAGUCUGAGGCACAUUUCCUCCGCCUCCUCCGCCUCCGCCUCCUCCUCCUCCUCCUCCUCCCCCUCCUCCUCCUCCGCUCGCUCCCCUGAGCAAUCUGCUGAGGGGCCUUAGCAAUCUGCUGAGCAAUUAUAUCGUGUGCAGUUGUCUCGUCAAGGCUGGUUGGAGCAUCCCAGGCAGUUGUUCAGAGCCUGGGCCUCCGGCAUUUGGUGGAUUUUCUGGGUCCACAUCCUCUCACCGACGGCAUCUGCUUCGAUCUGAAUGCAGAAACCGAAUUCUCCAUCCAGUGUGUAAGCCCACUCUCGCGAGGGUCCGAAUCUGUUUACUCUUUCGGAGCGAGGUUUAAGGAAUUUGUGGUAGCGGCCCCUAUCGUCCAGUAUAUGUCCGAGUGCCAUCGGUUGCGAGUCGAUCGAAGCUGUGUGCCCGUGGCAGUUGCCACAGGCGUCGCCAGAGAGUAAUCGCUCUCGCGGGGAGAGCUUGUAUUGAUCCGCUUGUGUGGAGCACUUAGCGCCGUUGCGUACAAAGUAUGCAACCGUCGCAUGCUAUAGACCGACUGAAGCUAUAGCUUGCUAUGCGGUGCUCACGGCCCUCGAUUUGCAUCUUGUCUCCUGCUUCCUGCUACUCCAGCCUCCUUCUCAUCAUCUUCCUCUUCUCGGCAUUGCGCUAGAUGAUCGGAACAGCUUUUCGACGGGGGAGCGAAA